UGUCCCCUUCUUUGAAGCCUUCCACUCUCUCACUUGCUUUUUCUUUUGUCUCUCAAUCUCGAACUCAAACCAAAAAACAAACAUAAUGCCUCCCAAGGAUAGAUCCAACCUUCUUGCUGGACCCAACCCGACCCAUUUAACCAAAGAGAUCCGUUACCGAGGAGUUAGAAAGAGACCGUGGGGCCGUUACGCCGCCGAGAUCCGUGACCCGGGGAAGAAAACGCGCGUCUGGCUCGGAACAUUUGACACCGCUGAGGAGGCUGCGCGUGCUUAUGACGCCGCGGCGCGUGAGUUCCGUGGGGCAAAGGCCAAGACCAAUUUUCCCACACAAGUGGAACUGACCAACAAUAACUCCGCGCGUAGUCCUAGCCAGAGCAGCACCCUGGAGUCCUCCUCCCCGCCACCGCUGGACCUCACUCUCUCCCCGCUUGCAGGGGGCGCCGCGUUGGGGUUUCCGGUGGCUCGCCCUGUGGUGUUCUUCGAUGCGUUUGCUCCGAUGGAGAUGCGCACGUUCGAUCUGCCGGUGGCAGGGUUCCGCCGCAGCAGCGCCGAUAUUGGCGGAGCACAGAGCGACUCCGAUUCGUCCUCAGUGGUGGAUUAUGAGCGGGUCCCACAACAUCGGAGAAUGUUGGAUCUUGACCUUAAUGUUCCUCCUCCUCCGGAGGUUGCCUGAACCUGCAAAAGAUCCAGUUUUUCCGCAGUUAUUAUUCGGUUCAGUUUUUAUAUAAAACCGUAUAUUAGGUGCUUUAAAUAUUAAUCGGAAAGGAACGAAGGUGAUAGGUGACAUGAUGUGAGUUUCUGUAAAUAGAUCAUAAUUAACCCAAAAAAAAAAAGCAGGUUUUUGUUUUGGUGUCUUUUCUGCUUUUUUUAAACGGCAACUGAAGGCUUAUUUCGCUGACUCACUGUUGUUCUUGCUGUUGCUGUUAACUUCAAUAUAUAUAUAUAUAUAAUGGCAUUUUCAGAUUAAUCAAAAAAUUCCUGUCAAUGUUUUUUUGUGUUUGUGUAUGCUGAGAAGUUUUCCAAUUGGAUUUUCCAAUCAGCCAAAUGGAACGUUAUAUUUUGAAGAAAAAUAAUGGUUGAUUGAGAUCAGCCAGACAUGUUGGCAUUGUUGAGCUCUUGAAUAAGUAUUGUUUUAUUUAUUCACUGGAUGGGACGCUUUUUCUUUUACCAGUUCAACUUUAGUUUCAAGAUUGAAUGAGCUGUGUAAUUAACUUUAAAAGUAAAUUAAGUUUUUUGUUAAUUAGUAUUUUGAAUAUUGUUUAAAAA